AUGUGUGCUGAAAAUUAUGAUCAUGAUGAUGAUGUAGAUAUUGAACCACCAUCUAUUAAUGAUGUUGAUAUUUUAUCAUCAUUACCAACAAAAACCAUUGGUUUGAUGAAAAUUGAUUUUGAUGAUUAUGAAAAUCAAUUUAAAGCAAUUGGUCAAUUACGAAAACAUACUGAAACAAUUGAUCUGAUAUUAUCGACCAUAGAUGGCGGUAAUGAACCGGUUCAUCAAUAUUUUUUAGCAUUAAGGGCACCAAAAUUGUGGCAACGAUUAAUUGAAUAUGAACAAAAACAACAGCAGCAAAAACAAAACCAUCAAAACCAUCAAUCAACCAUUAUCGAUGAAGUAUCGACAACAACAAAAUUAUUCACAGAUGAUGAUAGAACAUCAUCAUCAUCAUCAUCGAAUAUAAAACGCUUAUUUGUACCGAAAGAAUUUAUUGAUAGAUCAAUUCUAUUACGAAUAUUGAUCGAUUCAAUGUAUCGAAAAAAUAAUAAUAAAAAUAAUCAUCAUCAUCAUCAACAGUUUGAUGGUGAUUAUUCAAUUGCAUGGAAAUUGUUAAAAAUUGCCAAUGAAUUUCAAUUGGAUUUUCUUGCUAAUGAUUGUAUUAUUUAUUUUCAUGAUAGAAUUAAUCUAUCAAAUUGUAUUGAACUAUGGAAAAUUGGUCUGAAAUUUUAUCCAAAUCCAUAUGGUCAACAAUUGGCCAAAUGUUCAUAUCGUUUUUUAUUGGCCAAUCUAGUUGAGCUUCUACAUUCUAGUUUGUAUGGUGAUACAAUUAAAUCGCUGACAAUUGGUCAAUUGAAAACAAUAAUCGAUGAUAAUCGAUUGAAUAUACGAAAUGAAAUGGAAAUUUGGUUUUUGAUUCGAAAAUUUGAUUAUAAUCAUUGUAAUGGACAAUUAUGGAAACAAUUUCAACAUAAAAAGCCAAAAAUUGAUUUAAAAACAUUUCGACCACGUAUACCGUAUCAAUUAUUAUUUCUAUAUGGUGGCUACGAAGAUGGCUAUCCAUCGUCGACAAUCAAAACAUUUGAUAUUCGUUCACGGCAAUGGUUUCAAUUUCGGCCAUUGGAUGAUGAUUAUCCACGAGUAUAUCACAAGUUAGUGAAUUUAGGUAAUAAAAUUUACAUAAUAGGUGGAUCUGAUGGUAUACAUUGUUUAAAUAUGGUAAUUUGUUUGAAUCUUAACGAUGGUAUAAAAACAAUUUUGGCACCAAUGUUAGAAACACGAUCAUUUCAUUGUGCCGUUUGUUAUCGUAACCGUUAUAUUAUUGUUUGUGGUGGCCAUAAUGGUAAUGAACGAUUACGUUCAGUAGAAAUUUAUGAUUGUAAAUUAAAUCAUUGGCAUUAUUUACCAUCAAUGCAAUCAAUACGUUCAGAUGCAUCGGCUGUAAUUUAUAAUGAUUGUAUAUAUGUUGCCGGUGGUAUUGAUUUAUUUCCAUUGAAUUCAAUGGAAUAUUAUUCAUUUGUAACAAAUCAAUGGACAAUUAUUAGUUUUAUGCAUAUACAACGUCGUAGUUUUUCAUUAAUAUCAUAUAAUGGAUCAUUAUAUGCCAUUGGUGGAUGUACAGAAAUCUAUGAAUAUAAUUGCUUGAAAUCAGUUGAACGAUAUAAUCCAAUAACAAAUACAUGGUAUUUUGCACCACCAUUACCACAACAUCGUAUGUCUGCAAGUGUUGUUGUAUUAGAAGAUCGUAUAUUCGUAAUUGGUGGCUAUGAUGGUUUCACUACAUAUCGUACUGUGUUUGUUUAUAAUUCAAAUCAACCAAUGUAUUGGCAACAAUUACAAUAUGAAUUGCCCAUACAUUUAUCUGGAUCUGAUGCUUGUAUUAUAGAAGAUAUGACAACAACAACGACAACGACAACGACAACGAUGAUGAUGAUGGUCAAUAUAAUGGAUUAUUCUUAUUAUGGUCAAUGUAGUAGUAGUAGUAGUAGUGGUAAAAAUUUGGAAAAAUUUCAUAGAUUAAACGAUGAUAAUAAUGAAAAUGAUGACAUUAACAACAACAACAACAACAAUCGAACAACAACAACAAUCAAAAGAAUAUGGAAUCGAAUUUGUAGUGCCAUUCAUAAUAAUCAUCAUGAUCGUUUGGUGGAUUUUUAUAAUCGAAAAAAAUUUUUAAAUUAUCUACAAAAUGAAUGGCAAAAAUUUCAAAAUGAUCAUCAAUUACCAAAGGAAAAAUGAUCCCCUACCCCUACAAACACCAUACAGACAAAAGACAUUAUUUUUUUUCCUUUUGAUGAUUGUGUUAU